AUGCACAACCCCUAAGAUUAAUUAAGAAAGGCCUUGAAACGUUACAAUAAUAAUGAUAAGCCUAACAAUAAUCGCAAUUGUAGAUCUCAAUAACUUUAAAUGCCAUAAGUUCCUAAGGGAAUGCUGAGUAUGAAUAGCGCAUAAAAAUCUGAACGAAAUGCUAAAUUAAGCGACACAGAUACGACCGAUGUGACUCAUUAUAACCUCAAUUUCUCAUAACCAAUUCAGUCCUCAUAUUAAGUUGAACAUCUAGACUUGAGUUCCUUUAAAAUAUAACCUUGUAAGAUCCCGGGUAGUCAUAGUCACAAACACUGUCCCUUCUACCACAAUGCUAAAGAUAGAAAAAGAAAUAAUACAUAAUAUUCAGCAGAGUUAUGUGCAUAUAUUGAAAGCAAUUAAUAGUGUCCAUAUGGUGAUAAUUGCAAUAAAGCACAUAAUAGAGUAGAAUAACUUUAUAGAGCAGACAAUUACAAAACUAAAUUCUGUUCAUAUUAUCCAAAUAACAUCUAUUAAUGUGAUUAUGGAAAAUUUUGUUCAUUUGCACAUUCUGAAGCAGAUAUAGUAAUUGAAUUGAUUCACAAUUUGGAAUAUGAUGAUGAUUUCUUUAUGUUUUAUUAUAAAAGUGUGUGGUGUCCUUUCAACCUAACCCAACAUGACAAAGCUUUGUGUGUUUAUGCUCAUAAUUGGUAAGAUUUUCGGAGAAAACCAUAAAUUUAUCAAUAUCAUCCAAUUCCUUGUUAGAGUUGGAACACUGCAGAAUAUAUUUUAGAGUAUUACAGUGGAUGUCAGGAAGGAUUCAAUUGUGGGAAAUGUCAUGGUUGGAAGGAACUUGAAUAUCAUCCCAUGUUGUUUAGAACUAAGCAAUGUAUAAAUUAACAAUGUUCAAAGACUGAUUGUUCAUUCUAUCAUAAUAAUUAAGAAAAGAGAUGUAUUGAUUAAUUGUCUCAAUUCAGAGUGUUUAAAAUAGUUCCCAGAAACAGAAUUGUGUAGAACACUUUCAAAGUUCGAGAUAAGAGCCUCCUAAAUUCUCAAAGGAAUACGAGUAACAAAUCACAAGACCUGACCUUGAGUUAUUAGAAACACUGCAGCACAAGUGAUCAGCAAUGGCUUGGACACAAUUUACAAAACAGUUUUCAAUAUGACCAAGAUUUGGAUGAAGGCAAAUAGAAUAGUAAGGGAUAACAUUACCAAACUACCUUGAUCUCCAUUUAGGAAAGAACAGAACAUUAAGAUUCCGAUGAGUUAAAGGAUUUAAAAGACUUAAUGAGAAAGAAAUCAAAUUCAGUUGUUGAAGACAAAUAAAAUAAUGAUGAUAAUGAACAUGUUCGUACAGUUUUGAAAAUGAUUGACAUGGACCAGUGA